AUGGCGCGCAGUGGAGUCGGAUUGGACCUUUUGCGGGAGGCGGUUGGUGACAGUUGUGAGAACGGUGACGGCUGGAAGCACGGCUCGGGCAGAGGACCUCCAGGAAGCAACACUCUCAGCGUUCCCGACCCCGUGGAAGAUGCCGUCGUCCUCCAUGUAGCUGGCUGGCGGCAGCGAUAA